AUUUACAUUGCGUUCGAUAUCGAUGACCAAUAAAAAACAUCUAUUUUUUUGUUCCUAGAAAACAAAGUUUUUUAUUGGAUAUCGGAGACAAGAACUAUUUGUCCACAUUGUCAAAUGUUGACUUCACUUUCUACAUUUGUCGUGUUCGAUGGCAAAGUCGCGUCAUUGUAUGUUGAGGUGAUGUGUGAUUGUUUGGUUUUUCGUUGCGCUUGAAUGGCUGGAGACGCGAGGAAGGUGAACAUCGUGCUGUUUUUAGAGCUUUUUACUGUUUACAUGACGAUUAGAUGAUACGCGAACGUAGUUACACCAUCGCGUGAAUGCAACCUGGUGUUGCGAGAUCGAGAAUGCUUGAGUCUCGCGAUUAAAACGGUCAUGUUCGCGAGGAGCGUGUUAUCUGUCGCUUGCAUUCUGAGCAGCGGCGUUUUUUGUUAUAAUGGCACACCCAAUUUUCUCUUUACCACUCAUAAAGAUAUCAGGAUUGCCAAUGCAUCGCGCAGUAACAAUAUCAUUGUCAAGGAUCUGUCGGAGGGUGCAGCACUGGACUUCUAUUAUGAGCGCAGGCUGAUCUGCUGGUCCGACAGUGUUCUAGAGAUGAUACAAUGUGUGCGUUUUAAUGGCACACAUAUUGGUGAACGUACCGUAGUGGCAAAUACUAGCUUGACAUCACCUGAUGGUCUUGCUUGCGACUGGUAUACAGAUAAGCUAUACUGGACUGAUGGUGAGAAGAAUCGGAUCGAAGUGACCAGUGUGGAUGGCCGCAACAGGAAAGUGCUCUUCUGGACGGAUAUCUAUCAGCCGCGCGGAAUCGUCGUGACACCGAUGCGCAGCAUCCUCUUUUGGACCGAUUGGGGCGACGUGCCAAAGAUUGAGCGUGCUGCGAUGGACGGCGAUCCGAGCACUCGCCAAGUUAUUGUGUCUGAAGACAUAUUCUGGCCGAAUAGUUUAACAGUCGACUACGAUAGGGAGCUCUUGUAUUGGGCGGAUGGUCGACUGCGCUUUAUCGCCGAAAUGGAUUAUCACGGCCACAAGCGGCGCAAGAUCGUCAGCAAUUUGGACUAUCCGUUCGCCGUCACAUACUUUGACCAACGACUCUACUGGACCGACUGGAAGACCUGGGGCAUUCAUUCGUACGACAUGACACAGUCGCAGUCACAUCAGCGGGAACUCUUUCAUGGAGAAUACAUUCCUGGUGACAUCAAAGUCUGGAACGCAAGGCGACAGCCCCACGGCGACAAUCCUUGUCGGCGAAACAACGGCAACUGCUCACACCUGUGUUUGUUGAGUAUGGCACCACGCGGUUACAGCUGCGCUUGCUCUACGGGCGUUAAACUACUCGAUAACUAUACGUGUGCUCAGGGCCCGCAGGAAAUAUUACUAAUUGUCCAGCGUAACGAGAUUAACCGAAUAUCUCUCGACUCGCCCGAUUAUACCAAUUUUGUGCUGCCACUCGUCGGUCUCAAGCACGCGAUCGCGAUUGACUUUGAUCCCGUGGACAAGAUGCUGUACUGGACUGACGAACAGGCGCGCGCUAUCAGACGCGCCUAUCUCAACGGCUCCAAUCAGCAGGACGUAAUCAGCACAGAGGUGGCGAAUCCGGAUGGCAUCGCGAUCGAUUGGGUCGCGCGCAACAUGUUCUGGACCGACACCGGGACGGAUCGGAUCGAAGUGGCGCGGUUGGAUGGUACUUACCGGCGGGUGGUGGUGAACGAAGAUUUGGUUGAACCGCGGGGAAUCGCGGUCGCGCAUGAGCUCGGCUGGAUGUUCUGGACCGACUGGAAUGAGAAGCGGCCUAAGAUUGAGCGCAGCAAUCUCGACGGUGGCGAACGCAAACUGCUGAUUAGCAAGGACAUUGUCUGGCCAAACGAUAUCGCUCUGGAUCUCAAACGUAUGAGGCUCUACUGGUGCGACGCUAAGACCGACAAGAUCGAGAUGUCCAACAUGGAUGGCAGCGACCGGCGUGAAGUCAUCACCGACAAUUUGCCGCAUCCAUUCGGUCUGAGCCUGAUGGGCGAUUAUCUCUACUGGAGCGACUGGCAACGACGCAGUAUCGACCGAGCGCACAAACUCACUGGCAGCGAUCGCGAGGUCAUCAUCGAUCAAAUGCCCAAUGUGAUGGGAAUCAAGGCCGUGCACCUCCGUCAGCUGGAGAAGAGUAACUCGUCGUGUGCGCGCGAUAAUGGCGGUUGCAGUCAUCUCUGUUUGAACAGGCCUCACAACAGGUACAUCUGCGCUUGCCAGAUGGGCUAUGAGUUAACUAAGGAUAAACGUUCGUGUAUCGUGCCAGACGCCUUUUUGCUGUUCGCCAAGAAAGAGAAUGUCGGCCGGAUCAGCAUCGAGAAUACUAACAACGACAACGUCAUCCCCGUCACUGGUAUUAAAGACGCCAGCGCGCUGGAUUUUGACUUGCGCGAGAACCGCAUUUAUUGGACCGACGUUAAAUUAAAAGCCAUCAUACGCGCUUUCAUAAACGGAUCAGACAUGGAAAAAAUGGUCGAUCUUGGUCUGGAGUCUCCGGAGGGCCUCGCGCUCGAUUGGAUCGCGCAUAAUCUUUAUUGGAGCGAUACCGGAACGCGCAGAAUAGAAAUGAUGAGGCUGGAGAGCGGUAGCAGGAAAGUACUCGUGUGGCAAAAUCUCAUUGAACCCAGAGGCCUGGCUCUAGAUCCGGAGAGAGGAUAUAUGUACUGGGCCGAGUGGGGCAAUUACGGCAGCAUCGAGAAGGCUCUAUUGGACGGUACGCAGCGGCAGGCGAUCGUCACGCACAUCGGCAAGGCAAACAGUCUGACUAUCGAGCACGCUGCGCGCAAACUGUACUGGACCGAUCUCUCCACGCCCGCGAUUGUUCGCUACGAUCUACCAACGCGGCGCAAGGAAACAAUCAUCUCGCGCGACAUACCUUACCCGUUCAGCGUGACGCAGUAUCGCGAUUACAUCUACUGGUCGGACUGGAACACCGGUCACAUCGAGCGGGCGGACAAGAACACCGGGACGAAUCGCACCAAAAUUCACGACCGACUAGACUCGGUGACUGAUCUGAAGGUGUUUCACGCGUCGCGACAGGCCGGUCGGAAUCCGUGCGCGAUCAUGAACGGCAACUGCAGCCACAUCUGCAUCGCGUUGCCGGGACCGAACGGUAACGCCUCCGUUACUCACAGGUGUGCGUGUCCCACGCAUUACAGCUUAUCGCACGACAAUCGGACGUGUACAGCGCCCCGGCACUUUAUGAUCUACAGCCUGCGUAACGUGAUAGCACGAUACCUACCGGAUCAGGAGAACGAUUGUCCGGAUGUAGUGCUGCGCGUCCCUGGUCUGAAGAAUGUCCGCGCAAUCGAGUUUGACCCGGUGACGCAGCACAUCUAUUGGAUUGAUGGUCGCUCUAUGACGAUCCGUCGCACCCCCGAAAACCGCACGCAGCAGCAGCACAAUAGCAUGGUCGUGGUGUCCUUUGGUAACAACGGACAUCCUUUCGAUCUCGCGUUGGAUCCGCUUGGUCGAUUGCUCUUUUGGACCUGCAUAAUAAACGAUGCCGUGAACGUCACGCGACUGGACAACGGUUCUGCGCUAGGGGUCGUGGUGAAAGGGGUCGACGGCGAGAAGCCGCGCAACAUUGCGGUUCACUCACGGCUGCGGCUACUCUUCUGGACGGACGUGGGUAAGAAGAUGCGAGUGAUGCGGAGCAAGAUGGACGGCAAGGAGCGUCACUUGAUUGCCGGCGAUCUGCCGGAGCAACCGAUCGGCCUGGCGGUCGAUACCGCCACCGACACCGUCUACUGGGCGUACGGCAGGCAAAUCGAGCGUUCCGACUUUCACGGCGGCAAUCGCAAAAUUCUGGUGACCUCCAUCACGCAGCAGAGCUCGUCUGUGUAUCUGGCCGUGUUCUUCGAUCACCUUUACUGGUACGAUCGCGACGCACAGGUGCUCGAACGAGUCAACAACACAUCCGGCGCGGAAAGCAGGCGUAGCACACUGAUGUCGACGAGUCGCGCGCUUACGGAUCUCAUUGCAGUCAACGAACCUGAGAGUUUGCUAAUGGAGACGCACGUGUGCAGCCCCUUCAACGACUAUGGCGGUUGCUCGCACUUCUGCGUCGGCACCAACACCGCCUCCAGCGCCGCCGUCGACGAUAACGGCGCCUCGAUGUCAUCACCGCGUUGUUCUUGUCCCUGGUCUCUCGUUCUGUCUGACGAUGGUCGCACCUGCCGCGCGGCACCCGCCUGCGGAAACGAUCACUUUACUUGCGCCGCGCCGAGCUCGGCCUCAGCUAAAGACUGCAUACCAGCUGGAUGGAAGUGCGAUGGCCAAACGGACUGUCCGGAUGGCAGCGACGAACUGGGAUGUCCAUCUUGCAAGCGUGACCAGUUCAGAUGUCAGAAUCAUUGCAUCGAUAUGUCUUGGGUAUGCGAUGGAACGCCACAAUGUUCCGACGGAUCGGACGAAGCGCACUGCUGCCGAAACGGGCAAUUUCAGUGCGUCGGAAACGGCGUCUGUAUCCCUGGGACAGCUCUUUGCGAUGGCUGGGAUGAUUGCGCCGAUGGUAGUGACGAGUUACCGCCAGCUUGCACGAGCCCACACAAUCCGCAUCGUCAGGACGCAGGACCUGGGAUCGGCGGCGAAUCCAGGAAAAUAACUUACGUUAUCGUCAUUCUGGUUGUGGUACUCGUAGGCGCUGCGGUUAUUUUGACCUACUAUUAUUGCCGCAAGAGGUUUACCGGAAACGAAGGUUUGCCCGACAUACUGCACGAUUCGGCUGGAGAUCCGUUGUCACCAAAACCCAAUCGAGUAGUAAAGCCAAUGUUCGCUUCGCAGAAAAAUAAUAGGAAAGAUGGUGGAUCUGGAGGGGUAGGAAGCGGGUUGAAGGGUGGAAUGGAUGCUGUAAGAAUGUCCAUGCUGAAUGGUAGUAGCCUCGGAUCGAGUUACGACCGCAGUCACAUCACAGGUGCGUCGAGCUCGACCAGAGGCAGCUCAACAGGUGGAUAUCCCCAGGAGACAUUGAAUCCACCGCCAAGUCCGGCGACGAUUGCCAGCUCGACUCGAUGCUCGAGCAGCAACGCGUCGCGCUACAAGCCGUAUCGGCACUAUAGGAGCAUCAAUCAACCGCCGCCACCGACUCCGUGCAGCACCGACGUCUGCGACGAAUCAGACAGCAAUUAUCCGGCGCGCUAUCGAUACGAGAGCGAGCCUUUUCCGCCGCCGCCCACACCGCGCUCUGUUUACCACAGCGAUGCGGCGAUCAGCUGCCCGCCGUCCCCUAGCUCUCGAUCAUCUACGUAUUUCAGUCCUUUGCCACCGCCACCGUCGCCAGUGCCGUAAAAUGAAUCGCGAGGUAAAUACAGAUGACACUAUGGCGCUUUCGCACUUAUCGGCGUUUCAGAAUUUUGUCAUUGAUUUCUUGAUCCUCAAAUUCAUAACGAUCAUAGCGAUUGAGGGUUUAAUAUAAAAAAAGUACGACAGAAAUACAUCGGUUUUUAAUAAAUUUGAUUGUUUGUAUUGAUGCACAUAAAAGAUUAUCGUAUACUAAUUUACGUAAAGACAUAACAUAUAUAUAUAUAAGCAAUUGGAUUUACAUAAAAUAAAAAGCAGCAUAAAUUACUAAGAUGUGUAGUAAAUCGUAUGCUGGACGUUUCACAAGUCAGAAUGUUUAUAUUACAUUUUUACGCAUAUAUUAUGUUUUUAUAUAUCAUUAGUAGUCUUACGUAGAUUUAGCAUACAAUAGACUCAUAAAUGCGUCAGUAGUCCUCUGUGGUAAAAUAACAGUUUGCUACAAAGAAUUAAGGCAAAUUAUGAAACGCGCUGAGACAGAGCAUGGAGGCGCCUCUGUGUUACAAUUUAACGUUUUGCAUUUAUUAAUCUUUAAUGUGACAAAAGUUAAUUUUCGAUGACUUUUGCACAUACACACGCAAGAACUACUUUAUUCGUUAAAUUUAUCGAUCUUUUAUACAAAUAACUAAUUAAUGGCCAAUUUUUAGAUAAAACUUUUGUUACGCUAAUAAUAAUGGCAAUAAGUGAUCUUCCUUUAAUCUUCUCAGCUAAUUUAUAGAAGCUGAGAAGCUUAUUAAAGUUGUCUGAAAAAAUAAUCGCAUAUUAUUAUAG